AUGACGACUUUUCGUAGUCUGCGUUAUUUGGUGCUGGUAGCGGCGAUGUUGCUUGGCGUACCUUGGGACGUUCAACCCCGCAACCGCCGUUCUUACUGUCGAGAGGUUGCUCUGGAAGAACGGGAGGAAGUAGCUAAUGUUAUAUUUACCGGAACAGUUCUAAAACUUUACCGCUCACAGACAGACAUAUAUCGCGGAUCAAUUCGGGUUAAGCGUGUCAUCAAAGGGGACAGUAAUUUAGCAGAAAACACGAUCAUUGUGGACGGUUUCGGUGACCCGCGGAUUUGCUUCAGUGAUGUAAGAGAACGAGACACGCGCAUUUUUUUGGUCAGCCAGCUACACGGUGGUCAUCUUCGUCUGAACUCCAGUGUGAUUCGUUUAAGCCUACGUAGUUUAAACAAAGCUAUUUCUGCAGUCAGAGGUAAGACUUUUAAAACUACUGUUAUAAGUUGA